AUGUUCCAGCAUUUGAACUGGCAUAAUUAUUGAUAAACACGUGUUAUUUAUUUGAUGGUUAGACUUAAAAUGAGUAACAAAAUUAGUUUUCAGUCUGACAAUGAAGAUGAUAAAUUUGACAUAUCUGAUUCCGAUGAUUUUUAUUCCGAUAAAGAAAAAGCUUUGCUAAAAAAAGCAUUAAAACAGCGAAAUGGUUACGAAGAUAGUGAAGAAGAAAUAUUCGAAAUACAUUCAAGUUCAGAUGAGAACAAUGAAGAAAGUGAAGAAAACGCUGAUAGUGACAUUGAAAAAGUUGAUGAUAAUAUACCAGAUGAUCGAGCAUGGGGCAAACGCAAGAAAAGCUAUUACUCUACAGAUUAUGUAGAUGCUGACUUAAAUGCGUUUAAUGCAAAAGAUGUUGAUGCAGCUCAAUUUGAAGAAGACGAAGCACGUAAAAUUCAACAACGUCUUUUGGAUCAAUUUGACGAGGAUGAUUUUUCAUUAGAUGUUUAUAAAUCUAAAUCAAAGAAGAACGUUGAAGAAAAUCAAGUGGAAACUAAAAUUAAAAAAGAUUUAUCCAAAUUUUUAGACUCGGAAAAACGAGAUUUAAUAUUAAAAGAAUCACCAGAAUUACUUGGGCUUAUAGAGGACUUCAAAGCUAAAACGAAAGAAAUUUCUGAAACAUUGGGACCACUUUUAGAUAUAUUAAGAAAAAAUAACUCGAAUGACAAUUUACUUCAAUAUAUUACUCUGAAAUACAAUGUAUUAAUGCGGUAUUUAACUUACGUAAAUUUUUAUGUUUUAUUAAAAUCUGAACGCGUAAAUGUGAAAUAUCAUCCUGCAAUUAAACAAAUAAUAAAAUACCGUGAAUUAUAUAACCAAUUAGAAAGUAUAAAUACUGAGGCUUUAAAAAAGAAAAUACAUAAGAUUCUAACAAGUAAAAAAAUGAUUACUAAAAAACCAGUUAAAAAACAAAAAUCAAUAACCACAGAAAUAAAACCAAAAACACCCAUUAAAAAAGAAUUAUCAAAACAAGUACACUUUGAUGUAGAAGAUAAUUUGAACAAAAAUGAGACAGAUAGUGAAGAUGAAGGUGUGGAGGACUUAAACGCACAGAACGGUGAUAUGGAAGUGGAUAGUAUAGCAGAAAAUGGAAAACGUGCAAUCACUUAUGAAAUUGCCAAAAACAAAGGAUUAACACCGCAUCGUAAGAAGGAACAACGUAAUCCACGUGUCAAACAUCGAAAUAAAUAUCGGCAGGCAAAAAUACGUCGUAAAGGAGCUGUCCGUGAAGUUAGAAAGGAAUUAUCACGGUAUGGUGGGGAAAUAUCUGGUAUCAAAUCAAAUGUUACAAAGAGUAUUAAAAUUAAAUAAAAAAAAUUUUAUUACUAAAAAAUGUGUUUUUAUCCUACAAUACUACUUGCACCUCUUAUAG